AUGUUCUCCACACUGGAAACCCAGUGCAUGCAGGCAGUUGGCCUCCGCCAGCUGGACAUGUCCUUGCUCUGCCAGCUCUACAGCCUCUACGAGUCGAUUCAGGAGUACAAAGGAGCAUGCCAGGCGGCUGCCAGCCCGGACUGUGCUUAUGCGCUGGAGAACGGCUUCUUCGAGGAGGAGGAAGAGGAGGAGGAGGAUUUCCAGGGGCAGAGAUCCCUCCAGGAGUGCGGAUGCCGAGGCCCACCCCGGGACUUGACACUGCCCAUGGCCCCGCUGUCCUGUGGCGACUGGGGUCUGGAGUCCAUCUAGGGCCUGGACAGGCUGGGCAGCACUUUUCCCACAAGAAAGCACCACUGCCCCUCCGUGGCCGGCGGCCCUCCAUGCAGGGUGUGUGCACCGUCGUCUUGGUGGUGCAGACUGUCCCAACAGCUAUGGCUCAGGCUCACCUGCUGUCAGCUUGGUGGAAGGCCUUCGCUGGCAUUUGUGCGGUGACUGGCCACAGGUUAUUUGUUAAGCUGUGGUUUAGGGUCUCUGCUUCUAAUGGGAGGUAUGCAAACCACCUCCUUAGCAUGCUGUCUAGUCAGUUUUUAGAUCCUUUGUUCAGCUUUAUUGUAAGCUGCAUCAUUCAUUAUCCAGGUGGCCUGCUAAGAGCUUCCUGCUGAAGCGGGCAUUUCUGCCAGUCCGACCACUGUUCCCCGACCCUCCCGGUUACUCACUCCGUCCUCAGGGAUAGGAGGAGGGGAGGCUGUGUGCAGGGCUGGACUGGGACGAGCAGUGUUUUUAUCACUCAUGUAGUAAGGUAGCUGUUUGUCUUUAAAGACAGAUGUAGACCAGCGUGUCACACUACAGGGCCUCUCCCCUCCCCCAAGUGCUCACUGAAAGCCUUAAUGUAUAUUUAUUAACACACCUGACAGGAACGUCACUUUGGAUUCAACAUGAGGAUAAAUGUGCUCAGCAGUUACUGUGUUAUUAA